AUCUUCUGCCAACAUGCAAUGGAGAAAUAACAACUAUGUCUUUCCUACAAGACGUUGUGGACAUUUUACUCCAGUAUGUGGUGAAAAGUUUUGAUAGAUCAACAAAAGUUAUUGAUUUCCAUUACCCAAAUGAGCUGCUCCAGGAAUAUAACUGGGAACUGGCAGACCAGCCACAGACCUUGGAAGAAAUUUUAUUGAACUGCAGAACAACUCUGAAAUAUGCAAUUAAAACAGGGCACCCUAGAUAUUUUAAUCAACUUUCAACUGGAUUGGACAUGGUUGGAUUGGCAGCAGACUGGCUGACAUCAGCAGCAAAUACUAACAUGUUCACCUAUGAAAUUGCUCCAGUGUUUGUACUUUUGGAAUAUGUCACACUAAGGAAAAUGAGAGAGAUGGUUGGCUGGCCAGGGGGCUGUGGCGAUGGGAUAUUUUCACCUGGUGGUGCCAUAUCUAACAUGUAUGCUAUGUUGAUUGCACGUUUCAAGAUGUUCCCAGAAGUUAAAGAAAAAGGAAUGGCAGCUAUUCCCAGACUGGUUGCCUUCACAUCAGAACAUAGUCACUUUUCUGUGAAGAAAGGAGCUGCGGCCUUGGGUAUUGGUACAGAUAGUGUGAUUUUGAUUAGAUGUGAUGAAAGAGGAAAAAUGAUCCCAUCAGACCUUGAAAGAAGAAUUCUUGAAGCCAAACAAAAAGGAUUUGUUCCUUUUCUGGUGAGUGCCACAGCUGGGACAACAGUGUAUGGAGCAUUUGAUCCUCUCAUAGCUAUUGCAGACAUCUGCAAGAAAUACAAAAUCUGGAUGCAUGUGGAUGGAGCAUGGGGUGGUGGGCUCCUGAUGUCAAGAAAACACAAAUGGAAGUUAAAUGGCGUUGAAAGGGCUAACUCAGUGACCUGGAACCCUCACAAGAUGAUGGGUGUCCCACUGCAGUGUUCAGCCCUGCUAGUAAGAGAAGAGGGAUUGAUGCAGAGUUGCAAUCAAAUGCAUGCUUCCUACCUCUUCCAACAAGACAAACACUACGACCUGUCUUACGACACGGGAGAUAAGGCUUUGCAAUGUGGUCGGCACGUUGAUGUCUUCAAGCUAUGGCUGAUGUGGAGGGCAAAGGGAACCACAGGAUUUGAAGCACAAAUUGAUAAGUGUUUGGAACUUGCAGAAUACCUGUACAAUAAAAUAAAGAACAGAGAAGGGUAUGAAAUGGUGUUUGAUGGAAAGCCUCAGCACACAAAUGUCUGCUUCUGGUAUAUACCUCCCAGCUUGCGUGGUAUGGAAAACAAUGAAGAAAGAACGACCCGCCUGAUGAAGGUGGCACCAGUGAUAAAAGCCAGGAUGAUGGAGUAUGGCACAACCAUGGUGAGCUAUCAGCCCCUGGGAGACAAAGUAAACUUCUUCCGGAUGGUCAUCUCAAACCCUGCGGCAACUCACCAAGACAUUGAUUUCCUGAUCGAUGAAAUAGAACGUCUGGGACAAGAUUUAUAAUAACUGGGUGUGAAAAUCUGUUCCUGGACCUCUAAGUAGACACUUAAGUUGUCACAAACUGUGCGAAUGUAUUUGUAGUUUGUUCCAAAGUAAAUCUAUUUCUAUAUUGUGGCGUUGGAGUAGAGUACAGUUUAAAAUCAAGCAACAUGGCUCCUUUGAAGUCCUUUCCUGAGUUUUAGAAUGCCUCCUUAAUAAUUCACUGCACAAAAAGCUGCAUUGAAACAAAGAAGGAAGAACGGAAGAUACUUAAAAUUUUAUCCCCAAUUUUAACACAGUGAUUAAAUUAAAAUCAGUCAGACUGAACAGUGCCAAAUUUGCC